GAGGUGCUUCUCUUCUGGCCACCUGCUUAUCUCACUCCUUUUUUCCCCCCUUUCCUAGGCAUCGCUCUGUUCUUCUGAGAAUAACUGCAAGAACUCUGAUCAAUGCCCUCAGAACAUGUCUAAUUGGACAAGUCUGUGGUAUGUCUGGUUAAUCUUGCUGACUGUGUUCCUGCUCCUGCUCUGUGGGAUCACAGCAAGCUGCAUCAAAUUCUGCUGCCACAAGAAGAAGCUUCCAGUUGAGACCUUCCCUAGGCACCCUUGUGAUUUGACCGUUAUUGCUAUUGACAGUGACAGCACUGCCCAUAGCACAGUGACCUCAUAUAGCUCGUUGCAGUACCCUCUAAGUGCCCCUAUUCCUUCGAUAUUUGUGGAUAUGGAUAAGAACACUGUGUCCCCUCCAGCUUACAGUCUCUAUGCAAUGGAGUUGCCACCUUCUUAUGAUGAAGCUGUCCAAAUGGGUAAACAAUACACUGAAGUAGCACGGAUAAGCCCGAAACUCAAUGACAUCCCUGGACAGGUGACACCAGGAGGGCUGAGUCCCACCCAGUAUCCACGAGAUCCAGCAACACAGGCAAAUUCAGAAAAUUCAGAAGAUGCAACACAAGAACAGCCGCAGCUCUGACUCAUUUCAGAUGGGGAGUAAAGGAAGGGAAGGACUGGAAGAGUUAAAGAAGACAUGAAGAGUUUGGUUUUAUAGGCAAGUUAUGAUGGAAAGAUGUUUCCUCUCAUGCCCUUGUAACGAUCUGUCAGUUAGAAGAAAUGUUUUCUAUGACUGCUGUAAUAUCCUGGUAAAGCUUCUUCAAGGAUAUGAAAUGAAGUAAAAGGGCAGCGGUUUAAAAAUGCCUGUAAAAGUGGGACAUGAAUGCUUGUUCAUCUGAUUAAAAAAAAAAAAAAAUUCCUUGUGUCCAGCAUAUGGCAAUAAAAAGGUCAGGGGAAUUUUGCUGUC